UCAUAUUCAUAAUCAAUCAAUCAUACACUAAAAAUACAACCUACAAUAUACGAUUGGUAACUAACGAAUCUAAGUAGAGGCCCCUAAUAUUUUGAGGCCCUGUGCCGGAGGGAGGGCCAGCACACCCUCUUGGCCGGCCCUGCCCACAAUGCAUCAUUUUUCUGAAUUUUCUGCGGAAACAUCACAUGCAUUAUUUACUUGAUUUGACACAAACUAUGACUCAAAAUGAGUGAUAGUUAAAUCUCAAGUUUUCGUUGAGAUUGUUGAAAUUGUUUGAUGGAGAUUGUUGUGUUUUCUUCUUCUUUCAAAUAUGUCCCUGCUUUUUUUGUGUUGCUUUUUUAUAUUAAAAACAAAGGGUAAAAGUGAAUUUUCACCAAAAAAGUGAUAUAAUUUAUGUAAAUACUACAAUAACUAUCAGAGAAACCAAAUGAUGUAAACUAUGAUACACCAAUUUUCUUAUAUACAUGUAUAUUAUUAUGCAUGCAUUGAUAACAAUACAUCAAUUUAACUAUCACCAAAACGAAACCACCCAACCACCUGUAGUUGUCCCGCUUAUCCGCCUGGAGAAAGGCAAACUAUUAAGGUAUCGUUUGCUUGUGGGAUUUGGGUGAUGGAUUUGGUACCCAAAUCCCAAGGUACCAAAUCCCAAGCAUAAUGAAAUUGGCACAAGUCCAUGGUUUGCUAAGGGACACAAAUCCGUGGGGCCCACGGAUUUGGAGCCAUUUUUUAGAUCCAAAUCCGUGGACCCCACGGAUUUGCAAAUCUCACAUUUCAUUUGAGAUUUUAUAAUGGAAGACAAAAUGUGAACAAAUCCAUCGUGAAUCUAUGACAAAAAUAAACUACACAAACAAUGUACUCUUCCAAAUCCAUAAUGCAACAAAUCCAUCGUAAAUCCAAAUGUUUUGAAAACUCAAAACCUUCGUUUUCAAAUCCAAGCCCUAAGUUUAUGGGAAUUGAAAGAAAACGUGGGUCUACUGCUCUUCUUCUUUAAUAGGUUAGCUGGUUGGACGACCGCCCCAAGUCCAAAGAGCAGGGCCCCUGCAGCUGCGUUUAUUGCUUGCGUCAGAACAAUAAACACUGAUUGCUUAACCCUUUUCUAUUCCCGUUCAAAAAGUGAAUGGCUUUUCCUGCUCUUCUUUGUUUGUCUGGUCAAUUCAAUCCAAUGUUUUCGUAGAUUUUAUUUAUCCUUUCUUCGGUGUAUCCAAGAGAAGAAUCAAAUCUCUUUGGUAACAAUUGGUCGGGUUCGAUUUCGUUCUCCCCACCUUCGCAACCGCCCCGGUGCGAUCCUUUCUCUUCUGCAGCAGAAAGCAUGGUGGAUAAUGAUAAUCAUAACAGUAAUGGGAACAAGAGUAGUAACCACAAGAAGAAGAAGACGAAGACCAAGCGUGGAGGUAGCAAGAGGAAGAUGAGCGCGGAGCAGUGCGUGGCGUUCAAGGCGGUGGCGGAAUGGGUUUGUUUGAAUCAACAACCGCCUUACCUUUCCACAGCUGCUUCCUGCCUGGUGGAUGAUUUUGGGGUGCAGAAGAGCUCGGGGAGAGGUGGGGGUAGAAUUGUAUUCGAUUUGCACUGUCAUUCUAACCACAGUGAUGGCUUCUUAUCCCCUUCUAAGCUCCUAGAGAGGGCUCAUGGAAAUGGGGUGAAAGUUCUUGCUCUCACAGAUCAUGAUACCUUGUCUGGGAUCCCUGAAGCCAUUGAAGCUGCUGCAAGAUUUGGCAUCAAGAUAAUCCCAGGUGUUGAAAUCAGCACAAUAUUCUCUCCAAGUGGGAACCAUGAAUUGGAAGAACCAGUCCACAUCCUUGCAUACUACAGCAGCUGUGGACCUUCAAGGGUUGAGGAAUUGGAUAAGGUGUUGUCUAAUAUAAGGGAUGGCCGCUUCUUGCGUGCCAAAGAGAUGGUCUUGAAGCUUAAUCACCUCAAGCUUCCUCUCAAAUGGGAGCAUGUUGCUAGGAUUGCAGGCAAAGGAGUUGCUCCUGGUAGGCUUCAUGUUGCUCGAGCUAUGGUUGAAGCAGGUUAUGUAGAGAACCUGAAACAGGCUUUUUCCAGAUAUCUACACGAUGGUGGACCUGCUUACUCAACCGGGAAUGAGCCUCGCUCAGAAGAAGCAGUCCAACUUAUACAUGACACUGGGGGCAUUUCAGUGUUGGCUCAUCCAUGGGCAUUAAAGGAUCCGGUCGCAGUAGCGAGAACCUUAAAAAGUGCUGGCCUUCACGGGAUUGAGGUUUUCAGAAGUGAUGGUAGACUGUCUGUGUACAGCGACUUGGCAGAUUCUUACGGGCUUCUGAAGCUUGGGGGCUCUGAUUUCCAUGGCAGGGGAGGGAAGAGCGAGUCGGAAGUUGGAAGCGUCAAUCUCCCUGUAAUGGUGCUACACGACUUCCUCAAAGCUGCACGGCCAAUCUGGUGUGAUGCCAUUACGGGCAUUCUUCAGAUGUAUGCUGAUGAUCCAUCUGAAACAAAUCUGGCAAGAAUUACAAGGUUUUGGAGAAUGAGGCAAUCGAAAGAUAGUAUUAUUGGAACUGGGGGCAAGGACAUGAUUGAUCAUUGCUUAUCAUUGUGGUUAACAGCUGAAGAGAGGCAGCAGAGUGCGGCCGGGUUUGAGGCCAUUAGAGGAAAGCUAUCAAGUGUUUCAAUCACUUAGUGUUUACUGUGGCCUGCUUUCUUCCUUUGAGGAUUCAGCGAGACUUGCAAAAACAACACCAGAUAGAGCACAAUUUUGUGCGACAUUUUGCAGCACUGAUGUCUUGCACCAAGUUUGUGUACAUGACUGGGUGUCCAAUUUAGCUCGGCUGCAUUUUUUCCUUAUUUCUGAAAAGGCGGUUGCAGAGGAACGAUUUCAAGAAAAUUGUGUAGGCAAACUUUUCAAAAGCUAGCUUAUGCUAGGCGGCUUUGCAAAGAGCAUGGUAGAUCAUAAUUGCAUAAAAGUCGCUUUGUCUAUGAGAAUUGAGACAUGCAAAAGAGCACUUCUACUAUGCUAUAAAAUAUUGGUGUUUUA